CUGCGCAGAUCAGGACACAGAACACAGGGAACGUUACAUUGCAUUAGAAACAUUACAAAUCAGAGGCAGAAGAUCUAAACAAUCCGCGUCUGUAAUCAGUGGACAAUGCAGAAAGAUUAUUUGUGCUUCAACCCAGAUGUAAAGAAGCAUGUUCUCUAUUCCCACUGCCGACAAGUCACGCCAUCCGUUGCCAAAUACAAUAGACUGUCACCAUUUGGUGAGGAAUACACAUCCGACCUGCCACAUUACCAAUAUAAUAAUUAUCCAGACAAUUUACACAGUUUCCAUGAAGAAAUGGAAGGUGGGUCACAGAAAAGAAAGACAUUGCCCACAAAAACAUCCUGUGGCAUUGACACUUCAGAUCUUAAAGCUCAAAUGAAUGUAAUGGAAGAAGACAAAAACUUUCUAGCAUCUGGCCUUCCAUUAAUGUAUCACCUUCCUCCACAUCCAAGUUACAGCUCCAAGAUGAUUGACUUGUCUAACAUUGGAGUUCAGUACUACAGGACAGUGGAUAAUUUAUGGGAUAGCCCUGUUAAACAGGAACAUAUAAGAACAAAUGUAAUGUGGCCUACUGGAUCUGUUUAUUUCCACCCUUCUUACCCUUUCUACCAAAAGGUCUACCCCAGUGUGAUGUUCCCUUUUCACAUGUCUUCACAAAGCAUUGAUAUCAACAAACCAUUUGGCAUUAGGAGACCAAAGGAUGACUCAAUGAGUACAUCCCAUAUGGAUGGACAUGACGACCACAAACAGAACACUGAGAGAGUUGAUGUCAACAUCCAGAUUGAUGAAAGUUUUUAUGUAGACGUGGGUGAUCAGAAACGUUGGAAAUGUCCAAUGUGUGAGAAGUCAUACACAUCCAAGUAUAAUUUGGUAACACAUAUUUUGGGUCACAGCGGCAUUAAACCCCAUGCUUGUACACGAUGCGGAAAAUUGUUUAAGCAACUAAGUCAUUUGCAUACGCAUAUGCUUACACACCAGGGCACUCGGCCACAUAAGUGUCAGGUAUGCCAAAAAGCUUUCACCCAAACCAGCCACCUGAAGAGACAUAUGAUGCAGCACAGUGAGGUGAAGCCCUACAACUGUACAAUAUGUGGAAGAGGGUUCGCUUACCCAAGUGAACUCAAGGUCCAUGAGGCGAAGCAUGAGAAUGGACGAGAGAAUGUUUGCGUGGAAUGUGGUCUGGACUUUCCAACAUUAGCUCAACUGAAAAGGCAUUUAACAGCCCAUCAAGGUCCUGUGCAGUACAACUGCAGCGAAUGUGAUAAGACAUUCCAGUACCCAAGCCAACUGCAGAAUCAUAUGAUGAAACACAAAGACAUCCGUCCAUAUAUUUGUUCUGAGUGUGGCAUGGAGUUUGUGCAGCCCCAUCAUCUCAAACAGCAUUCUCUUACGCACAAGGGUGUGAAAGAGCACAAGUGUGGGAUAUGUGGACGUGAGUUCACCCUUCUGGCAAACAUGAAGAGACAUGUCCUAAUCCAUACGAACAUUCGGGCUUAUCAGUGCCAUCUAUGCUACAAAAGUUUUGUCCAGAAGCAGACUCUGAAAGCACAUAUGAUUGUCCAUUCAGACAUCAAGCCAUUUAAAUGCAAGCUCUGUGGGAAGGAAUUCAACCGAAUGCACAAUUUAAUGGGUCAUAUGCACCUGCACUCCGACAGCAAGCCCUUCAAGUGUGUCUAUUGUCCCAGUAAGUUCACCUUGAAAGGUAAUCUCACCAGACAUUUGAAGGUCAAGCACGGAGUUAUGGAAAGAGGAUAUCACUCUCGAGGUUUGGGGAGAGGAAGGACAGGACUAUCCCACUCUAUUGUACUACGCAGCACGGAACAGAAAGAACCCUUUGACCUCUCUAAUAAAAGAAGAUUAAAGAAAACGCCAUGCCAAUCCGAUGGGGAGAGCAUAAAGGAAAACUCAUCUCAGGAUGAGGAAGAUGAGGGAUGCCACAGUCUAGGACUAUAUGAACAAGACAUGCAAUAUGGGGCAAAACAUCAGGUGGACAAACCUCCAUCAGUGGUGAGAGAAGCAUUCAAGAGGAAGCAGGAAGAUAGGCUACACAGUGAAAGAGUGGAAGACAGGACCAGUACAAACCACAAAGAGGAAGAAAAAGACAAGAACCUGAUCACACAAGAGGGAAAUUUUGGGAAGACUGUUCCUGAUUACCUGUUUUUCAAGAACAGAAACACAAGCUUAAAAGAACUCAAUAAAAAGAAAAUGAGAUGGACUAAUGAGAAGAUGGCCACGAAAACACAAAUUUAAAGCUUAGAGAACCAUAAAACUAAUCUAGCCACAAAUAAAUCCUGUUUAUUAAAUGACAACAAAAUGUAACGAAAAUACAGAACUCCUUCUGUGUAAUGUGUUUGUAGGGGAUGUAUUUAGUUGAAGGAACUCAACAAACUCAAAGACCGAAUUCAAUUCACCCAGUGGGUCCAACUCCAAUAGCUCGUGGGACUUCUGGGAUCCCUCCUGAAAUGAUAUUUUGGGUAUAAACUUUCUUUGGAAAUAAUACAAAGCUUGCAAAAUGCUUUACAUUUAACAGUCUGCUUCAAGAGUUUACAACCCGUUAUAUUUUCUUGACUGUACGAAUGCUGUACGAAUCUAAAUGUAAAGUGGGGGAACAUACCAACAGAACCUUACCUGUGACCCCAUUUAUAA